AAAAAUUAAAGUCAUUCUUUCAAGGAUUACCAAAUCCGUAACUAACAAACCAACUCAAAAAUGGCAGCCAAAUCUAUCCUUUUCAUUUGCGCUUCAGCUCUCUUCAUCCAGACUGCAUUCAGCCAGUGUCUCGGUCGUAUGGGUCCCGCCCUAGGUCCCCUCCGCACUGACAUUGGUUUCGAUGGAUUAGCAUACGACGGACUGGCGUACGGUCCCGCUUGGAACACUGGUCGUCUUGGCUGCGGAGCCAUUGCCCCUGCUUACGCUGACAUCGCCGCCGCCAGCAGCCUUAACGCCGCCUACGGUGGUGGUCUGCCAGUCGCCAGUGCCUCCGCCGCCGCCCCCACCGGCCUCGCUGUCGCCUCUGAGAACGCUUACGAGGGUCCCGUCGCCGUGGCCGGUAACCUGCCGUUCCUUGGCACCGUCGCUAUGGAGGGAGUGUUCCCGACCGCCGGCGCCGGCGCUGUGUCUUACGGUUGCGGUGACGGCGCUGUCGCCAUCACCGCCGAGGGUCCUAUUGCUGGUCCCGCUGCUAUCGCCCCUAUGGCUCCCCUGGCUGCUAUGGGCCCUGCCGCCGCUUACGCUCCCUACGGUGCUGCUUACGGUUAUGCUGGUCUCCCAGCACGCACCUGCGGCUGUGGCGCAGCUUACGAGCUCAUAUAAGUGACUGAUUUUAUAUUUUACACAAUUAAUAAAUAUCGAAUAAUUUGAAUAACA